GGAGAAAAGAUGGAGGGCCGGAACAGCGCCAUCUCCGCCGGUGUGUGCGGGGCCCUUUUCAUUGGGUACUGCAUUUACUUCGGCUGCAGGAGACAGAGUGACCCCAACUUCAAGAACAGGCUGCGAGAACGAAGAAAGAAACAGAAGCUUGCCAAGGAGAGAGCUGGACUUUCCAAGUUACCUGACCUUAAAUAUGCUGAAGCCGUUCCGAAAUUCUUCCUUGAAGAAAUACAGCUUGGUGAAGAGUUACUAGCUCAAGGUGAAUAUGAGAAGGGUGUGGACCAUUUGACAAAUGCAAUUGCUGUGUGUGGACAGCCACAGCAGUUACUGCAAGUGUGGCAGCAAACUCUUCCACCACCAGUGUUCCAGAGGCUUCUGACUAAGCUCCCAACAAUUAGUCAGAGAAUUGUAAGUGCUCAGAGCUUGGCUGAAGAUGAUGUGGAAUGAGAAACAAAUGUCAACAUAAUAAUCUCAAUUUAAAAAUAUUUUUAAAAUCUUAACUUGGAAGAUGAUCAGCUCUGGGGGAGUAAGGGCAAAUAAGCUUG